AUGGAUAUAACGGUUAUUCAUAUUGGUGCAGGUAAACAUAACAAAGAUAAGAAUGAUAGUUACAAGAAAUUACUAAAGUAUCUGAUACGAAAGGAAAACUUUAUUGAAAUUGCCAAAGCUAUUGAAUCAUCAGUAUUAACUAAUACAGGUUACGGCUCAUCAUUGAAUCUUUUAGGUCAAGUUGAAUGUGAUGCAAGUUAUAUAAAUUGUUAUAAUUAUACUAUAAAACAAGGAGCUUUAGUGGGAAUGGACGUUUUGCACCCAAUUGAAAAUCUAAUAAAUACGUAUUCAAAAGUUGAAGAAACUUACCAAAAUUCAGAUUUAUCACAACCACUAAUAUUAAAUUAUAAGCUGUUACAAUCAAUCAAAAUUAUACCACGUCUGGAACAAGUCAAUUUGGUAUCAUCUCAAGCACGACGAAUUUAUGAUUUUUAUAAGGAUCAAGUAUUCAAUAAUGAACAAUUUCAACAAAUCAUUAUACCUGAAGAAACAACUGAUACAAUUGGUGUUAUAACUAUGACUUUAAAUGAAACAAAUAUUGCCACUUCUUCAGGUGGCAAUUUUUUCAAAUUACCGGGUAGAAUUGGUUGUGCUGGUAUAAUUGGAAGUGGAAUUGCAUUUAAAAAAUUUGAAGAUUAUGAGAUAAGUUGUAUGUGUUCAGGUUCUGGUGAAGACAUUAUAAAAUAUUCGUUAGCAAACACAAUUGUAAAUAAUAUACUAAAUCAAGAUUAUAGAGAAUAUUUGCAUAAUUUAGUUAAAGACAUAUAUGUUGGUGUAAUAGUAAUUAUAAAAGAGAUAGAUAAAGUACAAUUGAUCUAUUGUCAUACAACUGAAUCCUUUCAUUUUGCAUUUAAAGUAAAUCAUGAUAUUAAAGUCAUCCUAAGUUAUAAUAAUAUAUUUACAAUAGGUGAAUAUAAAUUACAAUAA